UUUUACUUUGCAUGUUAUCAUUCUCUGGUGUCCAAGCCAAUGACAACAUCUCCACCACCUUAAUCUCUCUCUCUCUCUCUCUCUCUCUCUCUCUCUCGAAAGGUUUCGGAGUUUUGAUCCGAGGGUGAGGGAUAAACACUUUCAGAAUCCAGGCAUUGACUUUGCUCCGGUGAUACCUGCGAAUCUCCGGCGACGGCGGUGGCCGGGAAAACGAUGCGAAGCCGGCAAUGGUCUGUACGGAAGACGAUCUUUCAAACUGGAGAAAUUUCCCAAAAGGACUUAGGGUUCUUCUUCUCGACACGGAGGCCGACACCACCUCCAAGCUCCAAUCCAUGGAUUAUAUCGUCACGAACUUCGCAGAUGAAAGUGAAGCUCUCUCAGCCUAUUCCAAGAGACCCGAGAGUUUCCACAUCGCCAUCGUUGAGGUGAAUGCAAGCGAUAAGAACAAAAGUUUCGAGUUUUUAGAAGCUGCCAAGGACCUUCCGACUAUAAUGACUUCGAGAGAUCACUGCCUAACUACGAUGAUGAAAUGCAUAGCGCUCGGUGCAGUCGAGUUCCUUCAUAAACCGCUCUCCGAGGACAGACUAGAGAAUAUUUGGCAGCACGUCGUUCAUAGGGCAUUCAAUGAUGGGAGAAGUAAUGUUUCGGGAUCGCUCAAGCCCGUGAAAGAAUCUGUUGUGUCGAUGCUUCAUCUUGAGUUGGGGAAACAAGAAGAGAACGACGAUGAUAUGAGGACGGAUGAGAAAGAUCCGGCUCCCUCUACCCCGCAGCCGAAACAAGGCUCAUCGAGGUUAGUAGACGACGGGGAUUGCCAAGAAAACGUGAACUGUUCGAUGGAGGAGAACGUGAAUUCAUCGAACGAGAAGGAAAAUACGGAAGAUCGGGAUAUCGGGGAGUCCAAAUCUGUCGAAACUACAAACCGAGCGUCUGAUGGUAAUAAUGUGGCUGUCAAAGAAGAAGGAGAAGGCGAAACGGAUGACGUGAAGGGCCAGAGACAGGACACUGAUCCUGCUCAUUGUCUGAAUCAAGAUGACAACAACAACAACAAAGACUGUCGUAAAUCGGGUCAUCUGACUAAUGAUAAGCCAUCCGGAGUCAAGAAUGUGUCGGGGAACAAAUCUAACAGAAAGAAGGUGGAUUGGACGCCGGAGCUUCACAAGAAAUUCGUGAAGGCGGUGGAGCAGCUGGGAGUGGAGCAGGCGAUACCGUCGAGGAUACUGGACUUGAUGAAAGUCGAAGGGUUAACCCGACACAAUGUGGCCAGUCAUCUCCAGAAAUUCAGGAUGCACAGGAGAAAUAUCCUGCCGAAGGAGGAUCAUGACCACCACCACCACCACCACCGGAGAUGGAUACAACCAAGAGGUCAUAAUCAUCAUCUCAAGAUUCAGACCAGAUAUGGGGGUUUAUCGAACCGUCACGUGAUGGCGUACCCGGCGCCACCAAUGUAUCACGUGUGGGCUCAUCCCACGUGGCCGCCCACUUAUCCACCACCCGUGCAUGGUCAGGCGUGGGGUUGCCCGGUCGGACCGCCUGCCAUCCAACCAUGUCAUACUUGUCAAAAUCUGACCGGACCGCCGCGGCCGCCGAGCUCGUUUAGUGUGCAGCCGGAGGAGGAGGAAGUGAUAGACAAGGUGGUGAAGGAAGCAAUGAGCAAGCCAUGGCUAACGCUGCCACCUAGCCUCCCUCCGCCGAUAUCGUUUUGGCCGAGCUCUCCCGCCGUGGCAUCUCAGCCGUCCCUUCCCCCUGCCUCAUCAACGGCUCUCGUCUCUGCUGACGUGUCCUCUCUCCUGUGGAUGACGUCAUAUAUUAUCCGUAUCAACAGUACAGUCUGAUUCGGGCGAGUGAGUUGUCACUAUUAAUUUUUUUUCAUGUUUUGUUGACGGCUCUGUAUGGAGCCACGUCUGUGGGUGAGGACCUCACGUCGAAUCUGCGGCUGUAAAUAUCUGGGGCGCUCUAUUUGAAUUGACAAUUCGACACGUGUCCCAAUAAAUAAUUAGACUUUUUGUUGUCGUUAUAAUAAUAAUAAUAAUUAAAAGGUUACACA